AUAAAUAUUUUGUUAUAUUAUAUAAAACAUGAGAAUAUUAUAGUGUGAAAAAAGCACUUGGCAAAAAAACCAUGUUAUCUUUAACCCACUUUAUAUUGACUUUAGUUAUCAAUUAAAAAUACUUGACUCUGACUUUUUGUGAAGCACUUUUUGAUGCAGUUUUUAUACCAUUUGUUUCGAGAAAGAGAUAUCGUAUUAAUUAUAUUUCGCAAAAAAUGGCAAAACUAUUGUUAACAAAAUGUGCUCUAAUUGUCGCCGGAAUCGGUGCCACUCUUAUGGCAAUACUGGUUCUGAGAACCACUUUAUACUUCUCUAUACCGCAAGAGUUAAUCAAUUGUGAGAAUAUCGAUGAACACAAACCAAUCACUGAUGAGAGGCAUGUCGUCGACCGAUUCAUUCAAGCGCUUAGAUUCAAGACAAUCACUAAAGCGCCUCAAGAUUACGAUUCACAUCAAAUACAGCUAUUUAUUGAGUUCUUGAAUCGAAGCUUCCCAUUAGUUCAUUCAUCCAAUUUGGUUGAACUCAAGAUAAUCAAUGAACGAAGUCUUCUCUAUCAUAUCUCUGGCUCUGAUAAGAGCCUAAAGCCUUAUCUACUGUUAGGGCACUUGGAUGUGGUGCCCGCACAGGAGGACAAGUGGGAUGUCUCACCAUUUGGGGGUAUUGUCAAAGACGGCUAUAUCUAUGGCAGAGGCACUGUUGACCUUAAAGAUGUGGUUAUGGGACUUUUAGAAUCACUUGAAUUCUUACUCGAGAAUAGAUUUUCAUUUCAAAGAUCCUUAUAUAUAGCCAUAGGUCACGACGAAGAGGGCAGAGGUCUCGACGGCGCCAAACAAACCUCCCACUACUUGAGGUCAAUUGGGAUCAACGAAUUUGAGUAUAUCUUAGAUGAGGGACCCUUCAUAUUAAACGGAGUCAUAUUAGGCACCGAUCGCUCGGUCGCUAUGAUAGGAGUGACCGAAAAGGGGUUCAUGAAUGUCAAGCUCACGGCUAAGGGCGCUGUCGGUCACUCCUCUGUACCGCCGAUGGAGACAUCGAUAGUGAGUCUGUCGAAGAAGUUGUCGAAGUUUGGCGGACACACGCAUCCAAACUACUUCGGCAGAGGUCUCGAGAAAGACAUGAUCGAAGCUCUGGCCCCGUAUUGUUCACUCGUCUACAAAGUGCUGUUCUCUAAUCUCUGGCUCUUCGGACCGUUUGUCUCAAAAUUAUUAGAAAAUCAUUUAGUGAUGAAUAGUUAUGUGAGGACUACAACUGCGGUCACAAUGUUUAAGAGCGGCGUUAAGGACAAUAUAUUACCGGACGAGGCGUCGGCCACUAUAAACCAUCGCAUAUACCCAUUGAGUUCAGUGUCCGAAACGCUUGAAUACGACAGAGAGGUUGUGGACGACGAGCGCAUCAGUGUUGAAGUGCUCGGCGUUCCCAUAGAGCCGCACCCCAUCUCUCCCUACGGCGACAAAAGCUUUGGCUUUCAGACCAUCAAAAAGAGUAUCCGUCAGGUCUUCCCUCAUGUGGUGGUAAUCCCGGGCGUAAUGACAGCGGCGACGGACACGCGUUGGUUCCUCAACUUCACGCAAAACAUAUACCGUUUCUCUCCCGCGUAUAUAUCGAUGGCUGACUUACCCCGCAUUCACGGACACAAUGAGCGCAUUUCAAUCGACAACUAUAUGAAACUCGUCAACUUCUAUCAUCACGUCAUCAUUGCAUCCAAUGAGAGGUGUCUCAGCCCUCAGAAGCUAAAAGAUGAGCUAUAAUUUAGUCAAAGAUAAAUCAAUUUUUAUUAAUAAAUUUAAGUACAGAUUAUUAUGUUUACUAUAGAAAUGUACAAAUAUUUUUGAUUUAUAUUUUUGGGCAAAGUUUUGUAAGAAAAACUGGUG